UUGCUCCACUUCGGACGUGUGCGAGCUCGAAAGAAAACCGUGGCCAAAAGAUAUUUCAACCAAAAGUCCGUUAAAGUGUUGGUUAAAUAAAUAAUUUAAAUAAUGAAAUUAAAUUAAUUAAAUAAUUUUUAAAUGGAAAAAUAAUUGAUAAAUAUUUUAAAAAUAUAUAAAGUGUUGUUAUACCAAUUCCUAAUUAAGAGAAAUCAAAGCGAUCCCAAGCGACUUGUAACUGAUUGCUUAACUAAGUGCAAAACUAAUUUUCCGUUCAGUGAUUCUGGUUAAAAAAAAAAGUAACCAAAAGGUUUAAAAACCCCACGCAGAAGUGCUCAUAGCAAAAAAAAUAAAAAAAAACCGAACCUACCUUUUGUCACACAGCCACGAACAAGGAUACAACUCAAAAAAAGGACACAAUACGCGAGGCAGAAGCGAGUGCGCAAUUUUUGGGCCUGUUGUCGACUGCUUAUCGGCCAUGUGGCACCGCAGCCGCAAAGGAUACGCCAGACAGUAUUAAUAACGCAUUGGCAUUGAUAGGAGUGGGCGGUCGAAACGGGUUUGUUUUUUUCUCCUCUUUGGAUUGGGAAGUCGGUUUCGGCUUGGGCUGGGGCUUUGCAUCGAGUCCUCAAUUAAUCGACGACAGCUAGCAUGUUGCAAGGCGUCGACGUCGCCAUCGCCAUCGCCAUCGCCAAUGCCAACGACAGCAACGAUGAUGGCCUCAAUCAAUCAUUCAUGGCUCAUGUGUCGCCCAGUCCCAAUCAGAGUCCGGCCACCUCCGCCAUGCCCAAUCCCAGCGAGAGCCCCGAGCUGUUGCUGCUGCGGAAUGACAAAUUCCUAACACAUGUCGCCCAUCUGCUGAACAUAACGACCGAGAAUCUCUCAAGCCUCCUGGGCACCACGAACGGCACCAAUGCGAGCACAAUGACAGCGGACUCGUCGGUCGACGAGGAGUCCCUCACCCUGCGGACCGCCUUCACCGUCUGCUAUGCCCUCAUUUUUGUGGCCGGCGUGCUGGGUAAUCUUAUCACCUGCAUUGUGAUAUCCCGUAAUAACUUUAUGCACACGGCCACCAAUUUCUAUUUGUUCAACCUGGCGGUCUCCGAUCUGAUACUGUUGGUCUCAGGCAUUCCCCAGGAGCUGUAUAACCUCUGGUAUCCGGAUAUGUACCCCUUCACGGACGCCAUGUGCAUCAUGGGCAGUGUGCUCUCGGAAAUGGCCGCCAAUGCAACAGUCCUUACAAUUACAGCCUUUACUGUAGAGCGGUAUAUUGCCAUCUGUCAUCCCUUUCGGCAGCACACCAUGUCAAAAUUGUCGCGCGCCAUUAAAUUUAUAUUUGCCAUUUGGCUGGCGGCCUUCUUGCUGGCCCUCCCCCAGGCCAUGCAAUUUUCGGUGGUCUACCAGAACGACGGGUACUCCUGCACGAUGGAGAACGACUUCUAUGCCCAUGUGUUCGCCGUUUCGGGAUUUAUUUUCUUCUGCGGACCCAUGACGGCGAUUUGUGUGCUCUACGUGCUGAUCGGUGUGAAGCUGAAGCGGAGUCGCCUGCUGCAAUCGCUGCCGCGGAGGACCUACGAUGCCAAUCGGGGCCUCAAUGCCCAGGGACGAGUCAUCAGAAUGUUGGUAGCUGUAGCCGUCGCCUUCUUCCUCUGCUGGGCUCCUUUCCACGCCCAGCGUCUGAUGGCCGUUUACGGCCUCAACCUGAUUAAUAUAGGCAUCAGUCGGGACGCCUUCAACGAUUACUUCCGGAUACUUGAUUACACAUCCGGGGUGCUCUACUUCCUCUCCACCUGCAUCAAUCCGCUGCUGUACAACAUCAUGAGUCACAAGUUCCGCGAGGCCUUCAAGAUAACCCUAACAAGGCAGUUUGGUUUGGCCAGGAACCACCACCACCAGCAGAGCCAGCACCACCAGCACAACUACAGUGCGCUGCUACGGCAGAAUGGAUCGAUGCGUCUGCAGCCGGCCAGUUGCAGUGUGAACAACAACGCUUUGGAGCCCUAUGGAUCCUACCGAGUGGUGCAGUUCCGCUGCCGCGAUGCCAGCCAUCAGUUGUCGCUGCAGGACAGCAUUCGCACCACCACCACGACCACCACGAUUAAUAGCAGCGGCAUGGGAGCCGGAAAUGGAAAUGGGAUUGGCGGUGGCGGUGGCGGUGGCGUUGGGCGGCGUCUUCGGAAGCAGGAGUUCUAUGGCCCCGUUCCGGGCACCGCGGUGCCCCAUCGAAUGCUGCAGGCGCAGGUGUCCCAGCUUUCAUCGCUGGGCGAUGCCAAUUCGCUGCUGGAGGCGGAAGUGGUGGACAGACACUACUCCACGGGCAGGGCCAAGAGGGCACUGCUGGCCACCAAGAGUGGUGCCCUGCUGGUGACACCGCCGCAAAAUGUCGAGCCAUCGGAACUCGGCCAGCCGGCUACCAGGCUCAAGUUGACCAGGGUGAUAAGUCGCAGGGAUGAGGUGACCAGCAGCACCACACCGCCCUUUUGCGGAAGCCACAGUCUGCCGGAUCCGGACACCUGUCAAUCGGCUUCCAUCGCGGGUCGAGGCUGCCGCAAGUUUCCCUGGCGAAAGCGGAGGCAGAAAACGGAGGAACCACCCACAACUAGCGAGGGCUUGGCCUACGGCUCACCCAAAUCCCAGUGAUUCCAGCUGGCUGAUGACUAGAGUUAUGCUUAGUUAGGCAUUGUUUAGUUAGCGCAAUAAACUUUUCGAUCUGUAAAUAAGCCAACGCUUUGCAUGCAAAUUUCGGUGGUCUAUAACAAAAAAAAAAAAAAACAACGAAUGGCCACGGUCCAGACGAUUUAUGUGAGGCAUAAAGUCAGGCUAAUGAGGCAACACACUGUCCUGACGCAGUGCCACGCCCCCAUCCUGACGUUGGCCAUCGAAUUGCACUCAUAAACUAAGUGUUAAGCUGUCGGACAGCCA